AUGUACCUGCCCAACCCGCUAGCAAACCCCGAACCCCAGUCGACGCCCCCCCACCCUACAAAAUAUCCCCACGGCGAGAUAAUGCAGUAUCCCGGGCCCAACUCCACUAAUUCAGCGUUUGCCCCGGAUUUUCUGGAAAACUGGGACUCGCUGGUCGACACCAGCAAGAAAGACGGCGUGGGCAAGCCGCGUCGAAGCUCCUCAGACGCCCUGUCGUCGCUGAAAUCCGCUUCAGACACCCAAUCCAAACCUCGCUCGGCUGGAGUGACCAAAAGAUCCCGCAUGGGCUGUUUGACGUGCCGACAGCGGAAGAAACGGUGCUGUGAAACACGUCCCAAGUGCUCGGAGUGCUCGAGGCUACGGUUGAACUGUGUUUGGCCGAAACCGGGCACCGAGCAUAAGAACAAGAGCAAAGAGGUCAAGAGCCAGGAAAACACCAUUGACCACGAUGUUUACGGGAAGAUCAAGGUUCUCCGGGGCAUUGUCGAGUACCGAAGUCAUUGA